AUGAUUAAAAUGAAGAGGCGCGCCUUCGCCUUCAGCUUCGCUUACUCUUUGCCGCGUAAUCUCCAUACAAUGGACGGUCGGCGGAUGGUGAUAGAAAGCUCAGCGUGGCACGACACAAUGCCCCGCCCUCAGGCGACGCACGCUCUUAACUCAAUGCCUUUGGGACCACUUUGCAAGGACGCGGCUAUUGUGCCAGCAUCGGGACUUUCGAUAAAAAAU